UACAAUAGAGUGAAUCGCUUUCCUAUAUAUUAUUAUACUCUUUGAUCGCUUUUUUCUUAAAGUUUCGCUGGGCUGCAGGCUGCAGCAAUUUAUUUUACCCAAAUAAUAGGUUUUUCUUGUAAUCGAGUAGUGAUAUAUGUAUAUAGUAAAUAAUAUUCUUCAUAAAAUGUAUUUUGGAUUGAGCUGAUGGUCUUGUAACUAAAGCUCUAAAUAAAUAAAACUAAACUAAAACUAUUUAUUUUAUGUGUUGUUGUAUUGUUUUUUUUAGUGUUCAAUUAGAAUAAAGUUUCGAAUAUUUAAUCAUUGUUAAGUUGUGAUACAUUCUACUUUAAAUCGAAAAUGUUCAAAGAAAGUGUAGUCAGUUUGCGGCCAGAUCGCGAAAUUCGGAAGACAAUUGAAUUACCCGGCGACUACAAUCUCGUACCUUACGAAGAUUCAAGAUGCAAAAUAUCAUUGACCGAUGUUGUCUGUGUUGAUAAUAAUGGUCAAUGUGAAAUAGAAAAUGAAAGCAUUAUAUUUAACUCUUCCUUUAAUGGCAAUGUAGUAAUAGGUGAUGUGGACAGCUUUAUAGACAAAGAUUUUGAACUUAUUCUGCAGCAAAUGUGCUGUGGUGAAAUAUGUACAGCUGUUAUAAUAUACAGGAAUAAAAAUAAUGAGCUGGUAAAACAGAUUUCUUGUAAAAUUCACCUGAAAGACGUAAUGGAGGAGCAGCUAAUUGGAGACUGGGGUUGGUGUAGGUUGUAUGAAACUGCAGAACAUCAUAAAGACAAAGGAGUUCAGUUGGUGAAAGAUAAGAGGGUAGUGGAUGCUUUCAGAAGGUUUAGCAAGGCCUUAAAGAUGAUUGUGGCAAUAGAACCAAUAGAUCCUGAGACCAUAGAGGAGGAGAAAGUAAAGGAAAUAAUAAAUUUAAGGGUAAAAGUUUACAACAACUUGGCAUACUGCCAAUUGCAUUUCAAUGAAUAUGAAGCAGCAUUGGAUCUGUGCAACAGGGCAAUAAAGUAUGACCCAGAUAGUGUGAAGGCUCUGUACAGAAGGUGUAUCUCUUAUGCUGGCCUUGGAAUGUUUGAGGAGGCCUGGGCAGACAUAAAACAUGCAUUGUCAGUAGAUCCCAGUGAUAAGGCCCUUCAAGCAAAAGCAAAGGAGUUAUCACCAACAAUUGAGAAGAUUAAUAAAAAUUAUGAAAAUAUUUGUAAAAAAAUGUUUAAUUAAAUAAAUCAUUAUAUCUAAUGUAAUUAUAAAAUGUUAGCUAAUAUUAUGUAAUAUUAUUAUAUAAUCUGGUCAAA